GGGAGCGUGCGAGGGUGGCGGGUUCCCGGGGCGGGCGCAGCUCUGGGGGAGACGGGUUCGAGCCGAGCGCCUGCCAUUGGUGGAGCUUCUCUCGCGCGCUGCUGCACAAAGUGUGAGGCUGGAAAAAGUGACCGUGGGUUCGCGGCUCGGCGCAAAAAAUGUGUGUGCGGCGCAGCUGGGCUUGGUAGAGGGACGCGUACACACACACACACACACGCGGAUGGUCGCGUCCCUGGAGGGGGUGUCUGCUGCCGCCCCUGGCUUCCUGAGCUGCUGAACUCUGGACCGCUAAACCCGACCGUCCUGCUGCCAUCAUCAUGAGGAGGACUGGACCGGUCAUAGAUGAGAUCAUGCAGCAGGAAGUGCGCCCCCUGCUGGCGGUGGACGUCAUCGAGCAGCUGCACCGCCAAUUCGCCCUGCUCUCCGGUGGACGGGGAAGAGACGGCGCCCCCAUCAUCACCAUGCCGGAGUACUUGGGCUUCAACGACCUUUCGGAGGAAGACUUCCUCAAUGUCAUCACCUAUCUCACAAGCGUCCCCAGCCAAGAGGCCGCCAGCAUCGGUUUCAUCAUCAUCAUGGACCGACGGCGAGACAAGUGGGCUGCUGUGAAGUCCACCCUUGCCAGGAUCGCGGGGGCAUUCCCAGGAAACCUGCAGCUGGUCCUGGUGCUGCGGCCCACUCGCUUCCUCCAACGGACCAUCACGGACAUUGGUAUCCGGCUGCAUCGUGACGACUUCAAAAUGAAGGUGGUCAUGCUGAGCUCCCUGUCCGACCUCCACAGCUACGUUGAUGCAGCGCAGUUGACAAGUGACCUCGGGGGCAGCCUGGAGUACUGCCACAGCCAGUGGAUCCACCAUCGCACCGCAAUUGAAAGCUUCGCUGUCACUGUGAAGACCACGGCGCAGACCCUGCACAGGUUCGGCGCCGACCUUGCCGAAACGGAGCUGCCUGGCGACGUGCAGUCCGCCAGGGAGCUGCUAAGCGACCACACGGAGAAACACGACACACUCCAGGAAGAGCUAAAACUGGCUGUGAAACAGGGAACCACUCUGCUUUCUUGCAUUAAGGAGCAGGUAAACAGAAACACUGGCAGCCACCUCAGUCCCGAUGAAGAAGACAAUGCAACAGUUGUGGAGAGGUUGGUGGCGCAGUUGGACGAGACGGAGAGCUCCUUCGAGCAGUUCUGGUCUAAACACCACCUGAGUUUGGAGCAGUGUUUGCAGUUGCGGCACUUUGAGCAGGACUUUCAAGAAGUCACGGGGACCCUGGGCUGCCUAGCAGAGGAGCUGGUGGCCAUACUGGAUUUUGGGGACUCCGUUGAGGGAGUGGAGCAGCUGCUGAAAGACCUGAAGGACUUGGAGGAAAAAGCUCAGGAACCUUUGGAAAUGACUCGGAGACAGGCGUCACACGGCGACCAGCUUAUCCAAAGCAAUCAUUAUGCCGCCGAUGCUAUCCAGUCCAUGUGCGCGGAGCUACGGCACGUCUGUGAUGACUUUGUCAGCAAGACUGAAAGGAAGCGUCAUGCACUAGAAAAGUCCUAUCAGAUCCAUGAAAAAUUAGACAAGAUGAACAAGUGGUGUGAGUCAGGUGUGUACCUGCUAGCUGCACAGGCCGUGGAUAGGUGCCACACACAAGAGGGGGCCGAAUCAGCCCUACGUGACGUCCAGGCAUUUCUGGAGGUUGCCGAGCAGCAGCAGCUGGCCGACCCCAAAGAUCUGGUCACUGGGUGCACAAUUGCUCUUCCACCUAAUGUUGAGGCUAAAGUUCAGGAGGCAUUGGAUCGCCUGGAGGAGGUGCAGAAGAUGUUUGAGAAGAGGCAGGCCAGUCUGACGCGGCUGUCAACCAAGCAUACCAGGCCGGUUCAACCCGUGGCCCCCCACCCAGAGUCCUCUCCCAAACACUCCACAUCCAUAACACAAAGGUCUGCAAGUCCAGCACCACACCGUUGGACCUCUGAGGGCCCUAGUGUUUCAAGACCACCCAGUGAUGCUGACCCCGCGAAGAGGAGAAACAUCCGCCGGCAAAAGGGCAGUAUAAAGAUCGAAGUCAUGCAUGAAGCUAGCCAGGGGGGCUCAAGCCACAUGCUGGCAGCAAAUGAAACAGACGAAAGUUUGUUUGAUCGCAGGAGGCACAUCAUGAACGAGCUGAUCGAGACGGAGCGCCUGUACGUCGAGGAGCUGCGCAGUAUCAUGCAGGGCUACGUCGCCGAGCUCGAGAGAAACGAGUUCUCGCACCUGGUGCCGGCAGCUCUGGAGCACAAAAAGGAGGUGCUUUUCGGCAAUCUCUUCGAAAUCUACGAAUUCCACAACAGGACCUUCCGGAAAGAGCUGGAAAAUUGCAUUGAAAAUCCAGAGCUGGUUGCUGGGUGCUUCUUGAAAAGGAAAGAAGACCUGAAGAUGUACGAGAAGUACUGCCAGAACAAGCCGCGGUCGGAAGCCCUGUGGAGGCAGUGUGGAGAGUGCGCGUUCUUCCAGGAAUGCCAGAAGAAACUGGACCACAAGCUCUCCCUGGAUGCCUACUUACUGAAGCCAGUGCAGAGGAUCACUAAGUACCAGCUAAUUCUGAAGGAGAUGCUUAAGUGCAGCAACAACUCAGAGGACACAGCAGAGCUGGAGGAGGCCUUGACCACUAUGCUCGACAUCAUCAAGUCCGUCAAUGACUCCAUGCACCAGAUCGCCAUCACAGGAUUUGCAGGGGACCUGAAGAACCUAGGCAAGUUGCUGAUGCAGGGCUCCUUCAAUGUUUGGACGGAACACAAGAAGGGUCACAGCAAGGUGAAGGACCUGGCCCGCUUCAAGCCCAUGCAGAGACACCUGUUCCUCUACAAUUCCAUCCUGCUCUUCUGCAAGCGCCGCGAGGAGGUGUCCGAGGGCCACGAGAAGACCCCCUCAUACAGCUUCAAGCACUCGUUACAGAUGAGUGAAGUUGGCAUCACAGAGAACGUGAAAGGUGACAACAGGAAGUUUGAGGUGUGGUACAAUGGAAGAGAGGAGGUCUACAUCAUUCAGGCCCCCUCGGCCGACGUGAAGAACAUGUGGGUGUCGGAGAUGAGGAAAGUGUUGACGGAGCAGCUGGAGGCGUGCAGAGAGGCGAGACAGCUGCAUCAAAGGGCAGCGGACCCCAUACCGCAUCCAGCCGGGAGCACGUCCGCCGCCAGGACCGUGAGGAAGGUGGCGCUGCGUCAGUCCAACUCCUCGAGCCCCGAGGUGGGAAUCAGGUGGAGGAGCUGCAGUCCUGGCGGCGGCCAGCAGGGGGAGGCACUGCGACGCCGGCACACCCAGACAGGUCCUGAGGCUGGUUACCCUAAAAGCACGAGGCAUCACGUUAAGAGCGACCCCACUCCGUUGGGGUGUAAAGGGUGGGCCCAGCGGCGCGUGGACGCGGAGGACUUUGAACGCAUCCCGUCCAGCGCCGAGGAGCUCUCCGUCUCCUCCGAGGAUGAGGCAAACGGCAGAAACGAAGACCGUUUUCGGGUGCGGCUGACGCAGGACGCGGAGACCGCCCAAGACCUGCCUCUCGGGGUCGGAGAUGUGGUGCAAUUCCUGGAGGAAACGGAGAAUGGCCAGUGGCUAGUGAAGAACCUCGUUACUCAGAAGAUGGGUUUGGUUCCUCCCAGACUCCUGCGGACAGCGGGAGGCGCUCACGUUUACAGUGACACUGAUAUCUUCAGCGAUCUGUGCAGUGCUGCUCUGAUGGACACCGAGGAGAAGGACGAUGACUAGGAUGGGGGACGGCAGGUGGCAGAGAACCAGGCUGACUCAUCGUACCCGGGACGUUAUUCCCGUCUCUGUGUGGUUUCCGUGCAAGACGGUUGGUCAGUUUUGCUUGCCUCUCCAUAAAGCCUAUCUGCUCUGUGGCCUGGACCACCUCUGUGCUGCUGUGGGGCUAAAAGAGAACAAAUUGUAGACCCAACGAGGGUUCAUUGAUGCCUACAGACUCCAGAAGAUACCGACUCCUUUGGUGCCUCCUUUACCGCCAUUAAUGCCUCUGCUAACGUACAAAUACCACUCUUGACUGGGAGGAUUAUGAGUCCAUCUCACCCAGCUGGCAUUAGCAAUAGCACCUUCUCAUCCUUUGGUGGAGCUCAAGAGAUCACUCCGAGGUGGAAUAUGAGCAGUGAACGUGGUGGGAUUCGGGAUUUUUUGGGGUCCAACUGCGUAAACAAAAAGAAGGAGCGGUGAGGCCGGUACUCAAAGAUUCGCUGUCAGGCGAACGUGGUUUUUUUGGCUCAGCUCCACAAAAUAGUCCAUACUGUCCUGCUGAAUCUCCAACUGGACUCCUGAACAGCUGCAAAUCUCAGCCGCAUGAUGGCGGGAAUUUUGGUUUCGGUGAAAUAAGACGUGUGGUUUUAAUCACAACAAAUCAAGCCAGUUCAGAAUUCACCAGGAUUUGUUUCUAGUGUGAGAAAUGAUUUUCCUGUCUACGUGCACAGUAGUUGUGUGUCCUGAUCCCAGUCGUGUUGUACUCUUGGGUUUGACAGGACUGCUGGUCGCACCUUCUCGCCAGGAAUAGUCAGAUUACUUUCUGUCCUGCUUCUGCAAAAAUAAUAAAGCACAUUUUGAGGUGUCCAGCGGCGAGAUGCUUUUCCAUCGCUUCUUUCAUCAGUAGUUUCAUCAGCAUUUUAAGAACUGAUGUAAGUGGAGAAAUCCUCAGCGGCGACAUCGUUCUUCCGU